AUGGCAACUCCCAAAUUUAACUCCAAGUCGCCCACGAUACGGCGCAUACUUCGCGAAGCACAGGAACUUUCAAACUCGCCAUCGCCAGAUUACACGGCAACCCCGCUAGAAUCAGAUCUAUUCGAAUGGCACUUUACCUUCCGCGGGCCCCCGAAUUCUUCCUAUAGCGAUGGAAUCUACCACGGUCGAAUCGUCCUGCCACCUACAUAUCCGCUCCGUCCGCCCAGCUUUCGAUUUCUUACUCCGAGCGGCCGUUUCGAGACGAACCGCGAGAUCUGCCUCAGCAUCAGCGGUCAUCACGAGGAAACAUGGCAGCCCGCCUGGGGCGUAAGGACGGCGUUGGUUGCGUUGCGCAGCUUUAUGGAGACAGAUCCUCGAGGCCAACUAGGUGGUCUCGAAACAAGCGACGCUGUGCGGAUGCGUCACGCGACGGCAUCCCAGACAUUUAAGUGCCCAACAUGCGCUAAAACCAAUCUCGAGAUUAUACAGGAAUGCGAGGAGAGUGCCAAAUCCAUCGCCGUCACAUCAGAAUCCUCUGAUGUCGAAAUACCCUCAGAGUUGAAGAUGGGAUGGAAAGAUGAAAUGGGCAAGCUGGCCGAAAGACAACACCACGCGCAGGAAACCCCACGGCACGACGAUGGUGAUGCUGAGAGCGCGGAGCUCGCCGAGGGUUUCGUCCGCACUGCGCCCAAGGUGGUGUCCCUGCCUCCGGCACCGAACGUUCGGCAAACUCACCAACGCCCGCACGACGAAGGGGUACCGCUGUGGGUGGACCGGGCCAUCGUUGCACUUGUUGUGUUGCUUCUAGCGAUGAUUCUCAAAGUAGUCCUGGACUUUUAG